AUGCAAGCAAAUCGGUUUCCUAAAGUCUCCAGAAGGAGACCUUGGAAUAAAAACGCGCAGUUCCUCGAGGUCGACCACGUUUUUCCAACUUCGUCCAAAUUUUACUCAAAGCUGCAAAUUUACGUUGGUAGCAAAACCUGGGGUAGUACCAAAGGUAUCGAGAGUGGUGCACAAAAGUUUUCUCGAGGAGCCGGUUUCGCUAGUUCUCCGACACCCGACCCGAGGAUGUAA